GUCUUUGCCGCAAAUGCUCCCGCGAAUCAGAGCAGUUCAUCUUGGCGUCAUUGGACAAAGGUAGGGCCCCCUAGCUCCAAAGCUGCGACGGAACCACCGACCAACAUCGACCCUCCGGCUGGACAUCGAAAGUCAGUGCUGAUUUGACUUUGACAUGCUCUAAAUACAAGUGGCUCUAGUGGCUCGGCCUCUUACAUAAUUCACGAUUGGUCGCAGUUCUCCGUGGACCGAGGGCGACCGAUUUCAAAGUUCCCGCGCUGCUGAUAAAUGCGACGCCGAUACAGGCCGAUGGUGCGUCUUCGAGGACAAGAAAAAGUCAUUCUAGCCUUCUGAGCGCAAAGAUGCCACAUCUACAACCACCCUGGUCGCAAACUGGUUUCUGGCUUGGUACUCCGAAGAAAGCAACCUUACGUAUUAGCUAUGUCGCUUUCAAAAAUCAAACACAUCGUCCUGGUACUGUCAGGUAAGGGUGGCGUGGGAAAAUCUUCGGUCACGACCCAGUUUGCGCUCUCACUGUCGCUUGCCGGACACUCGGUCGGAGUGCUGGAUGUCGAUCUUACGGGCCCUUCCAUGCCGCGCAUGUUCAAUAUCGAAGACGCAAAAGUCACCCAAGCACCAGGAGGUUGGUUGCCAGUGACAGUACACAGCGCGAACCCUGAAGCCGGAGUUGGAGAACUACGAUGCAUGAGUCUCGGUUUCCUCUUACAUGCUCGAGGCGAUGCCGUCGUCUGGCGAGGCCCCAAGAAGACAGCGAUGGUCCGACAGUUCCUCUCAGAUGUGCUAUGGGGAGAGAUGGAUUACCUCUUGAUCGACACUCCUCCUGGAACGUCCGAUGAACAUAUAUCACUGGCGGAAACCCUACUUAAGGACGCCUGGCCGGGGCAAGUAGCGGGUGCCGUGGUGGUUACAACACCCCAGGCAGUCGCAACAGCAGAUGUCAAGAAGGAACUCAACUUCUGCACCAAAACGGGCAUCCCUGUGAUCGGUGUGAUUGAAAACAUGGCUGGGUUUGUCUGUCCGAACUGCGCCGAAUGCACCAACAUCUUCAGUAAAGGAGGAGGUCAGGUUAUGGCGCAAGAAUUCAAUGUACGCUUUCUGGGCGCCGUACCUAUCGAUCCCCAGUUCGUCAUGUUGAUUGAAACGGGAAACCGGCCGGUCUACCCUCAAGGCACCAUUAUCAACGGCCAGGAUUUGUCAGGCAGUGUGGACAACACCACGGCAGAACCCAACGGACAAGUGACCAAGGAUGCUUCUUUGCUUGCAUACAAAUAUCGGAAUUGCUCGCUUGAGCCCGUCUUCCGGACGAUUACACAAGACAUUGUUGCUGCGAUCGGUUGAGAAAAUGGGCACCCUAUCCGGCUAAGUAGAACGACUGCGUUCGCUACGUAAAACAGAUGUAGG